UUGCCAAAAAACAACUCCAAACUGUGUUUCAAUCCGUGCGCCGCCUUUUUCAGCAAAACAAUACACGCCCGAACCGCUCGCGUACUGCUAAUGAUGGUAAUCCCGGGUCACCUGAUCUUCACGUACGGCAUACGGUUUCUGAAGGCCGGCCACACGUCCGUCACGUUUCACUUUCUGGUCAUCUAUUUGUUGGCCGCAUUGAUUCAAGUGAUUCUUCUGCUAUACUUCGCCCACACGAUGGUGUUGUGGAUGUGGAAGAAGUCUAUCGAUCCC